AUGGCUCUUCUAUCCCUUUUGCUCUCGCCAUGGGCUAUGGCUGUGGCUAUCCCCGUGUGGUUCGCGGUCUACUACAUAUACCCCUAUUUAGUUUCAUAUGGACACUUAAGUCAAGUCCCUGGUCCUUUUGUUGCUAAAUUUAGCAACAUAUGGGUCGGAUUAAGUGCCAAACAUGGCCGGAAAUAUGCAGCAGUCGACGCGGCGCAUCGAAAACACGGCAAUGUCGUCCGUAUUGGUUUCAACCAUGUGUCUAUCGCCGACGAACGGGCAUUGAAUAUUGUUUACGGGCACGGAAAUGGCUUCCUCAAGGAUCACUAUUAUGAAGCAUUCGUGGCGCGAACCCCGGGCAUGUUCAAUGUUCGCGACCGCGCCGAACACACACGCAAGCGGAAGAUUAUAUCCCAUGCUUUCUCUCCCAGGUCAGUCGCUGAGUUUGAGCCAUUCAUGGCGGAAAACCUACAGCGCUGGACAACCCAGCUGGACCGGAUCGCGGCUUCCCAGCCACAACGCAACGGGAAGGAAUUUGCUCGAUACAACGCAAUGCCCUGGUUCAGCUACCUUGCUUUCGACAUAAUCGGAGAUCUGGCAUUCGGUUCACCAUUUGGAAUGGUAAACAAGGGCAAAGAUGAGACCGAGACGCAGCUCGUGACCGGAGGACCCAUUUCAUACACCCCGGCAGUCGACGUGUUGAAUAGACGAGGCGAGAUAUCUUCGACAUUGGGCCUUCUUCCAGCACUGCGCCCAUGGGCUCGGUACCUCCCAGACCCAUUUUUCACCAAGGGCGUAGCGGCCGUGGAGAACCUGACGGGGAUUGCUGUCGCCGCUGUCGCAUCACGACUGGAUGCCGCGGAGAAGGGAAUGGUCGACUCGCGCAACGAUAUUCUGUCGCGCUUGCUACAAGCAAAAGAUGCGAAUGGAAUGCCAAUGGAGCGGGAUGAGCUGAUAGCAGAGGCUCUGACGCAGCUUAUCGCUGGCUCUGACACAAUAUCCAACACGGCGUGCGGGAUCUUUUACUGGAUCCUGCAUGGAGAACGCAGUGCACCGGGCACGAUAGUUCCCCGAUUACAAGAAGAGCUGGACCACGCAAUAGACCCCGAAGCAAAGAUCGCAUCUUAUUCUCAGAUCAAGGAUCUCCCGUUCCUGCGAAGAUGCAUUGAUGAAGCGAUGCGACUUCAUUCUACCUCGGCUAUUGGCCUGCCACGUUUGGUCGCCGAUCAUAGCCCGGGUGUGGAUUUUGAUGGGUUCCACUUCCCUCCUGGAACAGUACUUUCGGUGCCCUCCUAUACUAUCCAUCAUAUGAAGGAUAUUUGGGGAGACGAUGUCGAGGAAUUCAAGCCUGACCGCUGGUUGAACCUGACUGCCCGACAGAAAACUGCAUUCAACCCAUUCUCAUAUGGCCCCCGGGCAUGUGUCGGACAGAACGUCGCCAUCAUGGAGCUGCAGCUAAUUAUUGGAACUUUGUUUCAUCGAUAUGAGUUCGCGUUGUACCAGCCAAUCAUGGAAUCACACGAAGGAUUCUCGAAAAAGCCCAAGGAGUGCCAGGCAGGUCUCAGAUUGAGAGAGCGCAGUUGA